AAUGUCAGUGAAAGCAUCUCAUCUUGACAGAGAAGAAGACUACAGGUUCCUCCACAGCAUGCUGGUUGAAAAAAAGCUACAUCUGCUAUUCAAGAUCCACGAGCAGCUGAAGCAUUUUGAGAAGCAAUGCCCAGUCCCUUCUCAGGAACAGGCCGAAAGUCUGGUCGCGAACUUGAUAAAAGAGCUGAUAUGCCAGGGGUGGAGAGAUGAAGUCAAAGAGCUGGUUGCUAUCAUUUCUAAACCUCACUUUAAGAGUCUCCUGUUUGUGCACGAUGCCGUUGCUCAGAGAGACUUUGAGCCUUCACUCCCCGCGAUACCUGAUGGAGCAAUGGACGAUGAUGAAGACUCAAUCAAAAUCGUCAGUCUGGUGAAAACCAAAGAGCCCCUGGGGGCAACAAUUAAGACAGAUGAAUCGACCGGGGCUAUUAUUGUGGCGAGGAUCAUGAGAGGAGGUGCAGCUGACAAAAGCGAUCUUAUCCAUGAAGGGGAUGAGCUGAAGGAGGUGAACGGAGUGUCACUGGAGCACAAAAAGCAAAAGGAAAUCCUUCGUCUUCUGGCGCGUUCUCAAAGUGAAGUGACUUUUAAAAUCAUUCCUGCCCCCACAAAGGAAGAGGUGUCAUCAAGUGAGAGGAAGCUGUUUGUUCAGACUCUGUUCGACUAUGAUCCGCGCAAGGAUCCCACUGUGCCAUGCAAGGAUGCUGCAAUAGCCUUUAAAAAGGGCGAUGUCCUACAGAUUGUCAGCAUGGAUGAUGACAUUUGGUGGCAGGCUUUCCACUAUGAGGAUGGUAAUGCCCGGGCGGGGCUCAUCCCCUCACAGCAGCUUCAUGAGAGGAGAGUUGCCCUGCAGCGUCCUAAAGAGUUGUUCAAGCCUCAACGAGUCAAACCAAAAGAUGAGGAUGAAGUCACAGAGGAUGCAGACUAUGGCGCUAUAACAGGGAUCCACAUUGAUGGUUUAAGGAGGAGUUUCCGGCUGGGCAGAAAGGGAAAUCAGGCCCGACAAGCAGCCCGAUCCAAGCUGUGGAAUGCUGGGGUUCACAGCACAGUUCCUGUACCAACUUACAAGGAGGUGAUCUCGUACCGCAGAAACCCCAAAGACAGACAUCGUCUGGUGGUUCUGGUUGGGCCCAGCGGCGUUGGUGUUAACGAGCUAAAGAAGAGACUUCUGGUCUCUGACCCUGAUCGCUAUGGCGUCACCGUGCCAUCCACCACACGUGAGAAAAGAAAGGCUGAGAAGGAUGAGGUUGAUUAUCACUUUGUGUCGAUUCCCAUGUUUGAAGAGAACAUCCUCAAUCACAGGUUUAUAGAAUAUGGACAGUACAGAGGUCACUACUAUGGAACAACUCUUGACUCUGUUCAGCAAGUAAUGGCAGAGGGCAAAGUGUGCCUUCUAGACAUACAACCGAGUAGUAUAAUCCACGUGUACACAUCUGAAUUCAAACCCUAUGUGGUGUUUGUGAAACCCCCGUGUAUCGAGGAGCUACACCUGACCAGAAGCAGGGCUAAAUCCAUCUGCGAUGAAGAGAAGAAGAAUCCAGUCAGGGUGUUUUCUCCCAUCAUUGUACCCAAUUUGAUUGGGAAAAUAUUCACCUUUGAUGACAUGUGGCACUUUGGAGACUUGCUGUCUUCAAGGUCGAAUCCUGUUUUACAAUCUAUGGGCCAGAUGGCAGAUCACAUGUGUGGCAUUGUGUCAGCAAGUGGUUUCGUGGUGGGGUGA